AUGUCUAUUCCCAGCAAAACCCGCGAGUACCGUCUCCCGAAGGUGGACGGCUUCCACAACCUCACCCUCACCUCUGCCCCAAUCCCGCCCCUCAAAGCAACCGAAGUCCUCGUAAAAGUGCACGCCGUCUCGCUCAACUACCGCGACCUCGUCAUCGCCACGGGCGCGUACCCCGGCGAGCGCAAGGACAACGUCGUACCUGGGUCCGACCUCGCAGGUGAGAUCGCGGCACUCGGCGCGGAGGUCGCGGGGUGGGCCGUGGGCGACCGCGUGUCCGCGAACUUCUCGGUCGACUACGUGUUUGGGGAGCCGAGCGCGGCGUAUAGGGCGAGCGGGCUGGGCGCGCCGAUCGAUGGCGUGUUGACGGAGUACAAGGUGCUUCCGGCGCAUGCGCUCGUGCGGAUCCCGGAGCAUCUUAGCUAUGAGGAGGCGUCGACCUUGCCGUGCGCGGCGGUGACCGCAUACAACGCGCUUCUCGGGCUGCACCCGCUGAAGGGCGGCGACACUGUGUUGGUGCAGGGCACUGGGGGCGUGUCUAUCUUCGGUUUGCAGAUUGCGGUCGCCUCGGGGGCGACGGUCAUCGUGACCUCCUCGUCGGACGAGAAACUGAAGGUCGCGAAGGCGCUCGGGGCGACGCACACCAUCAACUACAAGACGACGCCGAACUGGGACGAGGAGGCCCUCAAGAUCACGAACGGCAGGGGUGUUGAUCACAUCCUCGAAGUCGGCGGGGCGGGCACGAUCAUGAAGUCGGUCAAUGCCAUCCGAUUUGGGGGGACGAUCAGCAUCAUCGGCUUCGUUGCGGGGCAAGCGGACGUGAGCUCGUUGCCGCUCCAGGUGCUCAGCAAGGGCGCCAUCGUGCGCGGGAUCCUCGUCGGCGCGCGCGAGCAAUUCGAGGACCUGAACCGGUUGAUCGAUGCGGUCAAGCUGAAGCCCGUCGUCGACAAGGUGUUCGCGUUCGAGGACGUGCGCAAGGCGUACGAGUACCAGCAGAGCCAGAAGCACUUCGGCAAGGUCGUCGUGAAAGUGUCGAAGGAUCAAGUUGUUGAAGUACGUUAUUGA